AUGUCCACGACACUUGGGGCCUUCAUCGCCGGCGGCAUCGCGGCCUGCGGUGCUGUGACUGCGACCCAUCCCUUCGAAACUGUCAAGAUUCGAAUGCAAUUGCAAGGAGAACUUCAGUUAAAGGGCCACCAACCUCACUAUUACCGCGGUCCUAUUCAUGGCGUCGGCGUCAUUGUGAAAAACGAAGGCAUCCGGGGCAUCUAUCGCGGACUGGGAACAGCGUACAUCUACCAGAUACUCCUCAACGGUUGUCGGUUGGGCUUCUAUGAUCCGAUGCGCAAAGCUCUUGCCACGUUAUUCCUGAGGAACGAAAAGGCGCAAAAUCUCGGCAUCAACAUGUUUUGUGGCGCCUUCUCCGGCGUCCUGGGCGCUGCUGCUGGCAGCCCUUUUUUCCUUGUCAAAACUCGCCUGCAGAGUUAUUCCCCUUUCCUACCAGUUGGCACGCAGCAUCGGUACCGCAAUGCCUUGGACGGCUUGUCGCAAAUCUACCGCGGCGAGUGUGUGCGAGGUCUUUACCGUGGGAUUGGUGCCGCCAUGAUUCGAACCGGCUUUGGUAGCUCUGUCCAGCUGCCGACAUACUUUUUCGCCAAGAGAAGGUUGAUGCGACACGCAGGCAUGGAGGAAGGGCCUGCCUUGCAUCUUAGCAGCAGCGCGGUCAGUGGCUUCGUCGUCUGCUGCUUCAUGCACCCACCAGACACCAUCAUGUCGCGUCUGUACAACCAAAAUGGCAACCUGUACAAGGGUGUUUUUGACUGCCUAGGAAAGACGAUUCGAACCGAAGGUUUUUUCGCCAUCUACAAGGGUUUCCUGCCUCAUCUGGCUCGAAUCUUACCGCACACAAUCCUGACCCUUUCACUGGCUGAGCAGACCAACAAGCUGAUGAGAAGCUUUGAGAGACGAUUGCUCCCAAUGGUUCAUGGAACGUAA